AUGACACUAUACUUGAAUAGGAGAUGCAGUCUUGAAUCGAAUUUCAGUCAUGGUACCAUCGACGCUUCUGUCGAUGAGAUGGUAAAAGCCAACGAUCAGUUGAUCUCUACGCGACAACGACAUGCUACCAUUUCUAAUCCACCAUUAAGCCGUCGUAAUCGCUUAACCAUGAAUGGGACAAAUGCUCGAAAUGAUCGAUUCAGUAGUUCUCCGAACUUGAAAUAUUUCGGAGAAGAAAAAGAGUCGGGAGCUCUAUACGACGUUUAUUUAAAACGCAUCCAUUACAGCACAUUGGCUAAAGAUUUAAAGCAAGCAAUCGAUGCUGAUGCCAGUGGUGUUUCUCAUAUGCAAUGGCAUACAUGUAAAGUCCUAUACAUCAAAGCUGGCACGGUGAAGAAGGCUGUUCAUUAUAUUAAUCCAAAACAACAAGAAAAUGAUCCAAGUUUUGCCAACAUUUUACUUUGUACUUAUAAAACAUUUACCACUCCUGAAGAAUUACUUGAUUUAAUUUUAAUGCGAUAUCGACAAUUAAAUGACGUAGAUGAUGAUCAUAGCGAUCCUGACGAAGAUGAAACCGCUAAAGAGUGUGCAGAAGCGACACAAAAAUGUCUUCGUAAUUUUAUAUAUUCAUGGAUUGAAGAAUAUCCUGCUGAUUUCGAUCAACACCCAGAUUAUCCACGACUAAAUAAAUUAAUAGAAUUUGGACGAAAUGUAAUGAAAAAUGAAAAAUUAAUUGAACGACUAGUAGAAUGCCAACAUAGCUUCCAGUCUUCUCAUCAAGGCACCGCAUCAACUAAUGAAGAUGACGACGCGGAAAGCGAUUGUUCUAGUAACUGUGGUUCUGCAUCGUCACUAUCUUUGGAUUUUCUGUCUAUUCCUACGGCUAAUUUUGCUGAACAGCUAACCCUUUUAGAUGCGGAGUUAUUCAGAAAAGUCACCCCGCAUCAGUGUUUGGGUGGCAUUUGGGCUAAACGAAAUAAAGACGAUGGAAAUGAAUUAACCGGUAGCGUAACGGCUACAAUCAAACAAUUUAAUCGCGUUUUAUUUUCUGUUGUUACAACAAUACUGAAUUAUGGUGGCGAUAGUAGUACACCGCAUUUACGAGGCAAAAUUAUAUCAAAAUGGAUAGAUAUAGCACAAGAAUGUAGAAUAUUGAAAAACUUUUCAUCGUCGAAAGCUAUUAUUACUGGAUUACAUUUUUCUCCAAUUCAUAGACUAAAAAAAUCAUGGCAAAAUGUGAAUAAAGAUAAAAUUGAAAUUUUUGAAGACUUGUUAAUGUUAUUUUCGGAGGAAAAUAACCAAAAACUAAGUAGAGAUGUUUUAUGGAAGGAAGGAACUGCUAAAUUUUCAGAAGUAACUGGAUCUGGUUUAAGAAGAUUAAGUCGUAGAAGAAGAAGAAAAUCGAGACCUGAGCUACCGAUGGUCCCUCAAGGCACAGUUCCUUAUUUAGGCACUUUCCUUACGGACUUAACUAUGCUGGAUACUGCAAAUGUAGAUAUGACCGAAGACAAGUUGAUAAAUUUCGAGAAAAAAAGGAGGGAAUUCGAAGUGAUUGCAAAAGUAAAAUUAUUGCAAGCCACCGCUAAAAAUUAUAUGAUAGUUGCAGAUAAAGAAUUUAGGAGAUGGUUACGAUCGUUAGAUCUAUUAACCGAAGAUGAAAGUUUUUGUUUAUCAACGGAUAUCGAAAAAGAUGGAACACCAAAAACGAAGGAUAGAAAAAGUGGUGUUCUUCAUUCCGUAAAGAAUCUAUUUGGUGGAGUCAAUAAUUCUGUUGAUGUCGAAUUAAUUCCAAGCGAGAGUAUAGAUAGUUUGGAUACCGAAAGUAUUAGUCUAACGCCGAAUAAAGAAACGAGACGAAGUUCAAUUGGCUCUUUAACAUCAUCUUCAAGUGGUGAAGGAAUGACUGGAACGACGACGGCAGCUACAAGUACUAUUAAAACAAACACACAGUCACCCGCCAUUGUUCAGCAAACUAAGUUAGCAACUUCACCUCAACAAACCGGUGGCCAUAUGAAACUAGCAACUUCACCUCAACAGUCUGGUGGCCAUCCAAGACUUGCAUCUCCACCUCAACAGUCUAGUAGCCUUAUGAAAGUUGCAACAUCAAUUCAGCAAACUAGUGGCCCGAUGAAAUUGCUAUCGUCGCCUCUUGGAUGCUAUGUGGUGAAAGUCAUUUUUGAAAAUCAUAAUUACACCAAUAUAACGAAAGUUUAUAAAAGCAUAGUUAUAAGUAGCCAGGAGAGAACAAAUUCUGUAAUACAAAAGGUUUUAUUUAAGUAUGGCUUUCAAGAUGAAGACCCUAAUUCAUAUGAAUUGCUGCAAUCUAUGGAUAAGAAAGGUUAA